AUGCGCAGUUAUCAAGCUACUUUAACGAUUUGUAUCAUUCUGGCGAGCAUAAUCAAAAUAAAUGCGCGAGAAUUUAAAAUAGGAUCUUGCAACGUACAGUAUCUCGAACCGUGCACCUCGAAAACUAUCAAGUUCUACCUAUUUACCAGUGAUAGCCCUGAGGCUGCACCAAUCUUAUUAGAUAAUAUCGAUCCAAUAGUUCCUGAUCACAUAGACCUUACCUAUAGGAACAAACUAGUCGUGCACGGUUACGGUGGCAGCAAAGACUACAAUGUUACUAAAAUGAUUCGAAACGCUUAUUUGGAGCAACCCAGCACAAACGUUCUAGUCGUCGAUUGGAGUAAACUGUCCAGCAUACCCUGCUACCCAACGGCGGCCUUCAACACCAAGCAGGCUGGCGAGUGCACGGCGACGUUCCUUAUCGGUCUCAAGGCCAACCAUCCGAAGUUCAGCUGCCGGGACCUGCAUGCUAUCGGUUUCAGUCUGGGCGCCCAUGUGCUCAGUUUUACCAGCAACGCAUUGGAGCAAUCGAUUGGCAUUAAAUUCAAACGCAUCACAGGCCUUGAUCCAGCACUGCCGUUCUUCGCUACGGCUCCUACCCAGUGGAAACUGGAUAUGACCGAUGCUGAUUUUGUGGAUGUCAUACAUACCAAUGCGGGCGUCUACGGUAAGAUCGAAACCUGCGGUCACGUGGAUUUCUACGUUAACGGUGGCCACAAGCAACCGAUGUGCAAGGGAGACGAUAAUGAGCCUCUCUGCAGCCACACGAUGGCUCCCGUCUACUUUGCCGAGUCGAUCUCCAGUAAGACUGGCUUCUGGGCAACAAGAUGUACCAAUUACUUUACGUACUUUUUCGGUUUCUGUCGGUUCAAAGUUGAACAUCUACAGCCCCACCCACAACCGCCAACGACUAGUCAGGAAGUUAGCUUCAUCGAAAAUAGUCUGUCCGAUAGCUAUCGAGUAUUGAUGGGCGAGAGCUGUUCGAUUACCAAUUUCGCAGUGAAGUUGGAACGAAUGUCGAAUAUGAAAUACAAUACAUCAUCAAUGGAAACGCCUAUCGGUAGAGAACAUUCGCAAGAUUCACCGGUGCCGUGGAACCGUGUACCGUUUUCAGAUAAGGAUUUUGUGUAUACCUCGCUGUACGUGCAGCCAUCGCGACAGCACACUUACCGGCAAUGUGACUGGAAUUAG